AGAAUAAAUCGAGUAUUUGUUUGAUAUAAUAGGAAACAACGGUACGAUAUCGACUGGUCACUCCUGGAAAAAUAAAAUGACGUACGCUGGAAAAUAAACAUACAACACGAACUAUAGCGGAUCGUUUAUUGUAUCGUUCAAUCAGCCGGAGUGGGGUGACAAUCAGGAAUAAUAGGGACGACGAAAAACCCGGAAAGUUAUACCGAAAGAGCGACUAAACAAUAACUAAAAAGGGUGCAAAAAUUAACUUGUUAAGUGAGAAAAAUGGUGCAUCUCACGUUUUCCUCCUCUUCCUCUUCCUCUUUCUCUUCGAUAACCAAUUUCUUAUCGUGUUCCAAUUUCGUUUAAACGGGCGAUCUUUCGUCAUAAAUUUUCACCGAAAAAGAAAAAUAGUUCUUUGGAUCUCCGCCAAGGCGCUUCCGGAUGCCGACGUCACAUCCGGUCCGCAUCCAGUCGCCAACAUAAACACGUAUAAGAUGAGGAUGGCGGUUCCAAUUUUCGAAGUGUCCACAGGUAGAACAGAUGCAUGUGUGUGUGUGUGUGCCGGGCGUAUCGUCCAAGCUGGAAUGAUGCCAACGUGCAACAAGCUUCCCAUACGUUAUCCACCCCACAUUAAUGCCUCUUUCCUUCUUCUUCUUUUUUUUUCUCUCCCCCCUCCUCCCCAUAUUUAAAUCUAAAAAUACCUUUUUCCUAUUAUUACUUAGACUGGCUGGUGUGACAGUUCUACCUGUCGUUAUGAUAACAGGUGUGUGUGUGUGUGUGUGCUCUCUUUUCUCUUCAGCUGUCAUCCUCCACUAAUUUUCUUCGGGUAUUCAGUCGAAUCUUGUCAUUAACUCGGCGAAUAUUAAUGGUCUAAAGUCUCCAUUGUUAAUAUUCUAACUCUCUAAAGACCUGUCGUUUCGUUUGAACGACGUUAGUCAUUAUUUUCCGUUUUAGAAACUGAUAGCGUUGGGGUUUUUCUAUGUGUUUUUUUCUUUUACAAUAGAAACACGCAGAUCAUCUGCAUUUUCUAAAGCAGUUUUCCUCCCCUCCUUCGUGUGUUAAAGAUUCUCAAGAUUAUUUUUCGUUAGUGAAAGUCAUUUCGGGAGAGAGAGAGAAUGAUCAUUAUUAUUAUUCGAUCAACCAAGAAAACCGUAAUUAACCUGCAAGUAGGGGGGGAGAUCAUUCUUAGAAACAGGAGAUGACUCUUCUUCUUCCUUCCCGGAGUAGAUAAGAAGCGAGAAAGAUUCUUCUUUUUCUUUUUUAUAUUGAUGAUAGCGAAAGUGUUCUUUUCCGUCUUUUCGAAUGGAUUUCACCCCGUCACGGCUCGUAUUUUCCUCCCAUCAUCCCGGUAGCCGUUUUGCAGUCGUUGGAUGGAAGGAGACGAGUGUUCAAUGCGGCUGCAUCGAUCCCCUACAGAAUUUACUUAUUGCAUUCCAUCGAUCAUACCCCUCGUGUUUAGCAAAAGCCAAAUCCGCUUUCUGUCUUUUGUUCUUACAUUUCUUUCCCCCUCUUUGGAGUGGAAUUGCGCCCAUCUUCGUUUUUCGAUAGACACUUUUAACGGCGCAGCAGCAGCAGCAGCAUCUCCCCCCUUCUUCCGUCUUCGUGUAGUCAUUUAUCUGGUUUUAUGGGUCCUCUAGUUUUUAUUUUUCUUCUCCUCUGUUUCCAUUGUGAUCUUAUGAAGCUACGGUGUGUAAAUUUCGACUCCAUUUAACAUCCUUCGCCUUUACUAUUAAGGAGAUUACGGUUUGAACUGCGGACAAAUCGAGGUGUUACUUUGAAGUGAUCGUUUAUUGUUGUGUUUCUUAUGGAGGAUUUUAGCAAUCGUCCAAGCUUGAAAGUACUCUUCUACGCUGGAAUUCCACCUCGUACGUUUGCCACGAUUUUUAAUUAUCGAGUAAUUUCCGGCCGAAGAGGACACACACACAUUCAGUCUUUAUCAAUUCAUUAAGUUCUUUUUAGCUUUAAUCUGUCACCAUUAGUGUCGUUUAAUGAGCGAAGAUGAUCAUCCCGGAGUGCGGGUUGCCAUGGAGAUGGGAAAAGCGCCCUUAACUGGUUUCCGUCCGGAAGAAUGGGGGGAGGGUAUUCCACUGCAUCUACCAGCCUUUUUUUUAUACUCGAGGUUAAUUACUGUUUGGUUUACUGUAUAUAAACACGAAAAAUCCUUGGUGUAGUGUAUGGUUUAUGAUUCUUUCUUCCAUUAAUUACUUUUAUUUAGCUUUAAAAAAGAAGAUAUUUUCGGACUACGUUGUAAAAAAGGCAAAGAAAACAAAGGGAUGAACCUUUGUUUAUCAGUUUUAUCCCUGCUUUGAUACUGUUAAAAGUCGAAUUUAUGUCCUCUUUUGUAAGCACGCUCCUGGCAUGCUGGCUGGACGACGAUAAUCAUCCUUCUUAUAUUUUAUGUUCCUAACCAAUCACCUUUUUUACGAUCCAAUUCGUGUCCGAGAAAUGAAAAUCUGGAUUAAAACCGUUUUAUUAAGAGAUUUUUAACUUGAGAAGAUUGGAGUCUUGAUCAUCGAACUCUUCUUCGUGGAAAGAGGAAGAUUUCAUUUAAAUUCUUAUGAGCUGGAUGCUGGAUGCUGGAUGCUAAUGGUUCCACAGAAGCGUGUUUGAUUUAGAGAGGUGUCUGGAGUGUAGGAUGUUUUUUUAACUGUAAAAUGUUAAUUAUAUAAGAUCAUUGACACGUAAAGGAUGAGAUGACCUUAUUUUUCUUCUUCUUUUAAGAAAAAAAGAAUGGUUAGAAUGAAUAUUUAGAGAGCAAUGACGUUGUAAUGAGUCAUCAAAUCAAUGUCAAGCGGGAUGCAUUUGUCUUGGCUAAGAACGUCGUAUUUUCGCGUGCCAAAAAUUCGAAUUUUCUUAUAUUAAAUUAUACGGGAAAUAUACCUCGAUAAUAAUAGAUAAUUUGUGUAUUUACAGGUGUGAAAAGACACAGCAGCAACAGCAGCAAAUCUCCUCCAGAAUAAGAUAUAGACUUCUAUCUCACCGCCAGUCCUGAUGGGAUAUCGCUACCACUUCUGCAGACAUGACGUGGAAUUCUGCCAACGGAAGCGUUCCUUUGUUAGAAGGAGAAAUAUCCCUCAAUUUCAGUACCCCUUGGGUAGUGAUUAACGGCAGUGCCGCACCUGUGGCCGUCCCGGUUUCUUCGAGUGAUUGGUGGAAAGAAAGGAUACAGAUUCACCCCGACUGGGCAGAAUUAUGGUCCCAGUUAAGUUGGACGUGGACUCUGCACACCUUCGGCACUGCCGUUCUCUUUCUAGUUCUAGCUUGUGCCGCUUUCUUUACUAUUUUGGGUCUUAGAGCCCAAUUAUCGGCCCGCCCUCAUCUAUCUUCACUCAACGUCUUCCUCUGUCUUCUAGGUGGAUCGCGAGCACUGGGACUAUUUAUCGAUCCUUACGGUUCGAAAGUGAGUAUGCCGGGAGUGAUGAGCCACAUCCUUUGGGACUUGGCCUUUCCCUGUUUGCUUUCUGCCUUUUCUUUACUUCAGUUGGCUUUCUUACAAAUGACCCAGGUCAAAGUAGCGCCGUCCAAACUGAAUAGUGAAACGUGCGUUUCCUUGGUGAUAACUUCUCAUUUCUGUUUGACCAUCGCCUCUGACAUCCUCUGGACACUACAGAAUACUCUCAGGAUCGUUUGGCUUCUAACUCAAGUUAUGUUCUCGAUUUGGGGGAUAUUUUUGUGCCUGACGUUCCUGUGCGGUUGUCUCCGACUGCUGCGUUCUAUCGCCAAACUUCCUCUGGUGUUUUUGUCAAAAGUCGAUUCUUCCAGUUACGAAAACAAAGGCGUACUACCAUUAGGAAUGUUCGCCAGGAGAUCCAAGACAUCGUCAAACGGAAGAACCAAAGCGGGAAAUUCGUCAUUUGCACCUAAAAUCCGAAUAACUGACGAAAACGACCAGACUUUUAGCUAUGUGAGCGACGCGUCUCAGCAUAACCUGACAGAAAAUACCCCAGGACAUGUCACUUCGCCAAACAGUCCUUCCCUACACCAUUAUCAAAAGAACUUGGUCAAAUCGCCACACGAUCACAUAAGGCACCCGAGUAAUUGGCACAGGAAGAAACCUCCGAGUGGUGACGUGGUACAUAUUAACACUGCUUCUACAUCCUCUCACCAGAUAGAAGAUGCGUUACAGUUUCAACCCUUGAUGUCGAUGCGUGAUGCGGGUCGUUGUGACGUCGUAUCGUCUCAGAUCGAAGAAACUACUAUGGAUCAGACGGCGACGGCGGUUAAGGCUAACAAAUUACUUCAGCAAUCCAUACGGUUGAACGGACAAGCCAUUGGUGACGAUUUCAGAUUCGAUGCCCAUAAACUGAAACCGAGCAGACGUAGCAGAGUGGAGAAACUACUGAGGAAAAUGGUGUUAACAGCUUUGUUGGGAUUCAUACUUUGUUUGCUACAAAUUUACGGUGUAUUCGGACCUCACGGGCUAUUCUGUCGUCAGAAAAAAGCCCAAGUAAUUCCCUGGUUCUGUUUUCAAACAAUCUGCAGGCUAGUGGAAUUCUCUAUGGGAUGUACCAUGGCCAACAUAACCAGACAAUCCCUCCACAAUCACUGUCACCACUCUUGCAGUUCUGGUAUCAAACAUCGGGACUCCCUUUUUACCUAGCCGUGCUUCUAACCAUCCUUAUCAUCAUCCUUUCUGAUCAUCGUCUCUGAAGGACACUUUCCGAAAUACCGUGUACCAGAAACCGUUAGCUCUAGUUAAGUACGGGAUAGAGGUAGAAGCAUCGAUCUGUGAUUUCACUAAAAUGUCAGACUGAAAAGCGAUCCUUUAUAAAAUGCCUUUCGACGUGCAACGAACUAAGAGGUCGGGAGGCCUCUUUUUCUUUUCGAUAUCCGAGAUAAGUCUGAGCAGUUUAACCUGCCUUCAACUCGUUGUAGUUAUUCCACAUUCGAACGUUCUCUUGUCGUAUGAGUGAAUAUCUGUCGGUAGGCAGAAGUACCCCGCCAGUAGGUAUAGGACUAGAUGUUUUAACUAUAAAAAAAAAAGCCACAUCCUGAUGUUAGGAAAACAUAGAGGAAAAAAGAUAUAGUUCCGAUCCUUUAUCCCUGAUCUCGAGGAACAAUACCCAACAGUAUCUCUCUAUCAUAAAAAAAAAAAAAAUGAUAUUAGUCAAUGACCCUAUGCCAAGGUCAACCGAUUUUUGUCUCUAGCAGUGCCAAAAUCUCGUCUUUUACUAGCACAAAGUUCGGAAAUUUGAAUUUCUUUUCCCUUUGUUUUAUUAUUAUUAUAUGAAUUAUCGUAUUGGCUCGAUCGAUAUUGGGUUACGUCACGCACGGUAUCGUGCUCCCUUGCGCACUUUAAUGUUUUGUUUGUUCUUUCUCAUCUCCAAUAGGAUGGCCCCGGGAGGGACGUGAUAACUUAUCCAUCGUGCCACGCACGUGUGUUUGGUUACGUUCACGUCUGAGGCCGUCUGGAAACACGGAGAAGUUCCAAUCUCCGAUUUACAUGAAAUAACAGUAUUUUACAAGUUCCUAUUUUUUAAAUAAAAAAAAUGUUUUCAGGAAAAGUUCGAGCACUUAAAAAAGGAGAAAAAGAGGAAAAAAAAUCACUCCCUCCUCUCGCUGGCUGAGGAGAAUCAGUGUAAACUGUUAAGGAUUAAUUCCGGAGAAUACUUAUUUUAUUGAUCAAAAAAUAUUGUAUUUUCUUAAAUUUCUGGAGGAGGAAUGGAAAAGAAAAAGAAAAAGGUAGUAGAAACAUUCCGAAGCUUCGAAAAGCCUUUGUGAUAUUUAUUUGUGUGAAAAAGCAAACUGUUUUUGGGUCUUUCAAUUGUGCAUUCCGUCUCUCUCUGUGGAUAGACAAUCUGCAUCCAUCAGCACACAUCUGGUCCUGCCUCAUCCCCUUUAUUUCUUAUUAGACUGCGGGCAAGCUCAUUCGGUGCCAAAUCGCAGACUGUCCGUUUGCCCUCUUUUUAGUUUCUGCUCUGGUUUAAAAAUAUAUUUAAAAAAAAGCAAAAAAAAAAAAAAAAUGUAUAAUACAUUCGAUCAGACCUUAUAUUUGAUACAUGGAGCGCUCAUCAAAGUCAAGAAGAAUAUUUUGUAUAUCCAUUCGAGCUCUACUUUUAUAAAAAGAGAGAAUUUAAUCUUCGCUGCCGAAAUUUCGUUCGCAUAUCCAUCCAAUUUGUGAGUUUUUAAGUGCCGUCUCGAUCCCGAUCAGCUGGAAGGUUUAUGUGGAAGAUUCACUCUCGUUUUAGCCAUUCUGUCCAUCUUCUUUGCAAAAACAGUAUUUUUCGGCCAUCCCUAUGGAUUGUCGCGGAGUUUUUUCCGAUCAUUUGCCAAAAAAUAAAAAGAGAUAUUUAAAAGAAAAUAAUAACAAGAGGUCUUGUCUUUCAUAAAGGAGCUCCUCGAUUCUUCUUCUUCUUCGGAAUUUGAGAUGUUCCUUUAUGGAACUCCGUGCCUUUUUUUGCUUUAUUGGCUUUCAUUUUUCUUUUCUUCGGUGACGACGUACACCGUCUCGUUUGUCGGCUUCGUUGCUCUAUUUGUACAUCAGUUAUACAAUAAAAAAACAUCCGAUCGAGAGUGCCAACACUUUUACAUCCGUGUAUUUUCUGUGUAAAUUGACUGACGUUGUCUGUUCGUCUCUCUUAUAACUGUCUUAAUAAAAUGUAUGCACGACAGUUAA